AUGACUGGGAACUUGUUCUUUGUUGAUCUAAAGUUCAUCCAUCCAAAUACCACAUCACUAAACUGUGCUCAUCAGCCUCCUCAUGAGAUCUCUGCAUUCGUGCACCUACCUCUAUUGCUUGACCUAUGGCAUGCCCGGAUGGGCCAUCCAGGUGGAGAUGCCAUCAAACACCUAGGACGCAUUGCCACUGGUAUCAAGCUUGAUACCACUGCACCCCUUCAAUGCUGCAAGCCGUGUAUCAUGGCGAAGCACCUGCACAAGCCCUAUCCUCCUUCAAAGGAGCCUUGUGCCAAUCAAAUGCUGGAUCUCGUUCACUCGGAUUUGUGUGGUCCUUUCCCUGUUGCCACACCUGACGGCAAGCUCCAUUUUAGUCUUCCUAGACAAUCACACAAAUCUGCUGAACAUUCAGCUUCUUGUGACCAAAGAUCAGGCUCUUGA